CCACACACCCCACCCCACCAUCCAUCCCGCCACCAUCCAUCCCAAAUCAGCAUUCCCAUCAGCGUCAGCACCAUCAUCACCGGCUGCCACCGCCACCACCGUCGUCACAACCACAACAGCACCAGCCACCGGUAGACUCCCAGCAACAAAACCAUGCUCUUAACGGUACCACGAACGGCAACGGCACGCCUAAUGGGACGUCUCGACAUCGUCACGGGCCAACUGAG